CGCGGACCCUUUUCAUCAGUCAGUCCAUUCAUUUCAUCUCAGAAAUUGGUCGAUAAAAGGGAUUGAAUUGGAAAUCGAAAGGUUUGAAAGGAGGCAUGUCCUUUUGCAAAUUGGGUGGGCGGGUAUUGCAAGCUCGUCCACUGCCGUGGAAAAGUUAUGUCGAGAUAUCAAGGAUUCUGAGCUCCUGGAGAGUCACGAGUCUACGAAAUUCGAGCUUGUCAGGCAUCACGAGACGUAGUUUGCAUCAAACAACUUGCAAGCUGCAACAGGAAAUUAAGAAUCAAAAUGUGUCUGGGGCCUCAUCGUCAGUCGACUUUCUGAGUAGCUAUAAACACUCAUUUCAUUUCCCGGGAGCAACGCGCCAGAUCAGUGAACUUGCUCAUCUGGACCCUACAUCCGGUGAGGAAGUGGUGCUUCAUGGCUAUCUCGGAUCUCGCUCAGACCUUUCUAAGAAGCUUUCUUUUGUGCCGCUGCUCAGCAAGGAACUCGAUUAUAGCGUGCAAAUCAUCUCCUCAGCAAAGCAGCCAAAUGGUGGAGAAAAGUCGUUUCAUGCAAAGAUCAAAGACGUGGAAGCGUACUCGCCAGUGGCAAUCAAGGGCCGCUUAAAAGCGCGAGCUCCGACCAAAUCAGAUCUUGGAGACGUUGAAAAGAUCAAAAACCUCGAGAUUGAACUCAUUGACGUCUAUCCACUAAAUGAAUUUCCGAAAGAUAUUAUUCUUACUGAGGAGACCAAAUUUCCUGCCGAGCAGAGGCACCUUCAGCUACGUACAGAGAAGAGCAUUCGUGAUGCGCUUGCUUUCCGCUCAAGGACGGCAGCCAUUUGCCGAGACGAGCUGGGGUCAAAACAAGGCUUUCUUGAGAUUGAAACCCCAUUGCUCUUCAAGUCCACGCCUGAGGGUGCUCGGGAAUUUCUUGUGCCUACUCGUCGAAAGGGAUUUGCAUACGCUCUACCGCAAAGCCCACAGCAGUACAAGCAGAUUCUAAUGGCCAGUGGAAUCCCGCGGUACUAUCAGAUUGCAAAAUGUUUUCGAGACGAGGAUCUACGAGCCGAUAGACAGCCGGAGUUUACUCAGCUUGACCUUGAAAUGGCCUUUGCCACUGGCGAAGAUGUUAUGGGUUGCAUUGAGCAGCUGUUAAGGCGCCUCUGGGUAGAUCUUUUGGGCGACACAAAUGUCCCUGAAAAGUUUCCAAGAAUGCCGUAUCACGAAGCCAUGUCCAAAUAUGGCUCCGACAAACCAGAUAUCCGUCUUGGGAUGGAGAUUUCCUCCGUUGGCCACCUCUUGCCUGUUGAUCUCAUCAGCAAAAUCACACCCCUCACGUUACCUACUGUCGAAGUCAUGAAAUUCCACGUCUCGGACGACCCUCGUGACACUCGCGAGUUUGUUACUUCCUUCCUUGACGGUCCAGGAGCAGCCACAUUCAACGAGAAUCCUGAUGGUGCUCCUGGCAUCUUUGUUGUCGACUCUCGAAAGCCUCUUUCUGGAUUGUCUCCUUUCGGCUUUGAAGCAGCCGAGUACAUGGAGGAGGAACUCCAACUGGAACAUGGCGAUCUUGUUGUGCUACAGGCUCGCAAAAAUGCCCCUCACUCUGGCGGAUCUACCGCGCUUGGUAACCUUAGAUUGGCGCUUCAUAAAGCCGCCGUAGCGCAAGGGUUGGUUCCGGCGGCGACCGGAUUCGAGUUUCUCUGGAUAGUCGAUUUCCCCUUAUUUUCACCUACCAACGAAUCCGAGCCCGGUCAGGGCGGCACUGCAGGCCUUGCAUCGACCCAUCAUCCAUUUACAUCGCCAAAGAAUGCCGAAGAUGUUGAUUUGCUAGUGAGCGAUCCUAUGAGAGUUACUGCGGACCAUUACGAUAUCGUGGUCAAUGGAGUAGAGCUGGGCGGCGGCAGUCGCCGUAUUCAUGACGCUAGGGUGCAGGAAUAUAUAUUGAAGGAAGUUUUGAAGGUCCCUUCAGCCCGUCUUUCUUCCUUUUCGCAUCUCCUCGACGUCCUUCGCGCCGGCUGUCCUCCUCACGCAGGCAUUGCAUUGGGAUUCGAUAGACUGAUUGCUGUUUUGCUUGGCCGUGAUUCCGUCCGGGACGUUAUUGCCUUCCCAAAGAGCGGCAAGGGCGAGGACCUACUUGUCAAAUCUCCCGGCCAGAUUCGCGAGGGAGAGCUAGAGACGUACCAUCUCGAAUUCUCCGAAUAGAGGAACUUGUGAUUGCAUCAUAGACUUGUACUAUACCUUAUUCACAGUCUCUUCUCCAAGAAUAGAUGUCAUGACGAGUAUGUUGAUUACACUCGGGCAAAAUGUCUCUUCGCAGCGUCAAAAUGUGCAAGAAGUAUGAUUACGCAACGCCGG